UUACACAGACACUGCCACUCUUUUUUAGUAGUAUUUCCUCGGUAGUGGAGGUGUACGCCUUCUUUGGGGUAGGGUUUGGUCCUUGCGAUUUGUUAUGGCUAGUCAACAAACUUAAAAUCUAACUUAAAAUCUCACUUUUGUAAGCCACCUUAGAAUGUACGCUGAUCUCAUGUGAACAGUUAUUCUCAUCGGUGUUCCAACGAAUAUUAAUAAUCGCGUGACGAGUGGGCGUUUCGCACGACACGGUCAGAAGAGUAUCCGCGUUCAACGAGGAAUGUAGCGUUUUGGGUCAAUAUAUUUAUUGCCUCCGCGACAUUAAGGGAAUCGUCUGCGACGUAUGUCAAAUAAAAUGUUAAGGUUUCUGUCACGACGUAGAGCCCGUAGCGUCAGCGGACAAACUACGUCAUCCCAAAUAAAAAAUCAACGACUACUGAGCAAUAAGAAUGUUGUUCAAUGUAGAGUCGUUCUGCUUGACGGCACCGAUUUGCCUAUAGAAUUGUCAGUAAGUAAGACCACUGUGCGACAAACAAUUGCCGAACGUCGUUCCUCUAAAGAAUAUUUAGCUACCUUGGCCAAUUUUUAUAUAGCAUCACUGCCGUUAGUGGAACGAUGUAGGAAUUGUUUUUCAUUUUUGGAUGCUUCUAUGUUACAGAAAAAAGCAUUGGCUAGUGACUUGUACGAACAAGUAUUUUAUAGUUUAGAUUUAAUAGAGAAAGAUUAUUUUGGACUGCAAUAUACAGAUAGUAAUAAUGUCCAGCACUGGUUGGAUCCUACUAAACCCAUAAAGAAACAAGUGAAGAUUGGGCCACCAUAUACCUUAAGACUCAAGGUAAAGUUUUAUUCGUCAGAGCCUAACACUUUACGCGAGGAAUUAACAAGAUAUCAGUUCUUCCUCCAAUUGAAGCAAGACGUCCUCGAUGGAAAACUUCAUUGCCCUCACCAGGUCUCUGUUCAACUGGCUGCUUUGGCCCUCCAGUCCGAACUUGGAGAUUACGAUCCUGCCAUACACAGCGCAGCGACGGUGUCCGAAUUCCGAUUUGUACCGGGCCAAACGGAGCAAAUGGAACUAGAGAUACUAGAGGAGUACGCUAAAUGUUCCGGGCUCAGUCCUGCACAAGCCGAAUCAGCGUAUCUCAGUAAAGCGAAGUGGCUAGACAUGUACGGCGUAGACAUGCACACGGUUCUCGGUAAAGACGCGUGCGAAUACUCGUUGGGACUGACACCGACUGGGAUCCUAGUCUUUGAAGGCACGCAGAAGAUCGGUCUGUUCUUCUGGCCUAAGAUCGGUCGAUUGGACUUCAAGAAGAAGAAACUGACGUUGGUCGUGGUGGAAGAGGACGAUGAAGGAAGGGGAGAACAGGAGCACACGUUCGUGUUCAGGCUCGUGAACGAGAAAGCUUGCAAACACCUGUGGAAAUGCGCCGUGGAGCAUCACGCCUUCUUCCGAUUGCGGGCGCCUGUCAAAGGUGCCAGCGGGCGUCAGAAUUUCUUCCGUAUGGGCUCGCGUUUCCGCUACAGCGGUAAAACCGAGUUUCAAACUACUCAGUUGAACCGAGCACGUAGAACAGUGCAAUUCGAAAGACGUCCGAGUCAGAGGUACGCCCGUCGUCAGAGUCAUGUUCUGAGAGAACGUCAACGCCAGGUGGAGCAACCACAACCGCCGGUGGCAGCGACUGCCCCCGAGGAAGAACCAUUGCAACGUCAGCCGAGUCAGUCAAGCAGUACAAAAUCGUCGGAAUGUAGUGUACAUGCUACUUCCUCGCCCCUGGUGGAUUCCCUAUUGAAAUCAUUGGCUAAAGACCAGCAACCCUUGGAGCCUAGAAAUCAAACGGCGGUAGCUAACACCGAGAAAGAAUCGGAACCGGUGAAGACGAGUUUGAUCAUUGAGAACAUUGCCAAUCAGACACCGUUAGUGCCGAAUAAUCAAGUCGGUGGUACCUCGUCGCUACCUCCUCGCACACCCAUCCCACCGGAGUCACUGAAGUGUAACAUAUUAAAGGCGAAGUCUCUGGAACAAGGGAAAAAUUCGAAUCUGAUUUCGAUCACGCCUGUAGACGCACCUACGGUCGUUACUAAGAACAAUCAACACUCGGAUGCGGCAACGAUUGUCUCGGUGGGCGGAGAUAAGCUGACCCUGUGCGUGAGCGGAGCGACAACGAUGACCCCGCCCGUGGACAGUGAUAACGUGACCGUAACGCAUUUCUCUCUAGACAGUUGGGGCCAAAUCGAGCAGAAAACCACGCAGCUAAAUCCUAAAGUCACGAAUCAAUCACAGAAUCCGUUCAAUCCUUUCACUAGCGAUAACAGCAACGAAGUUACAAGCGUUUCCGAGAAUACCGCGGAGGAGGACAAAAAGACGGAUGAAGAAAAGAAGACGAACACGAACCCGUUCAUAGACUCGAAUCCGUUUCUGGGUUUGCUCAACCCAUUUAAAGAUAUGCAGCCAACGGUCGAGAAGAAGGUCGAGCCAGAAAUACGGGAGAGUGAGAAGAACGGAGCAAGAGUCGUGAAAACAGAGGAGAUUCAAACCACCACCACGACCCUGACUCACAAGGACGAUAACUCAGCAGUCUCGGACAUCAGUCCGUGGCUGGUAGCUGAUCCAUCGCAAAAUACGACUGCGGAUCCGAUUCCAAUUAAGCAUACGGUGAUUACAAGGAAGACGGUAAUUACAACGCAGCUCUGAAGGUAAUCUAAUAAUUUAAUCAACGAAUAAGCGAAUAGUACUUUUGAAACGGAGAACGAAAUGUGCAUUUACUAAGUCCGGUCUUCCUUAAAAUACAUGUAAACUUAAUUAAAGUGCCUAUAAGAGUACAAUGUUGCCUAAGUAGAAAAAUAAACGAACGAUUUUCAAGUAUCGUGUCAGCGGGA